ACGCAAGCGAGUGACGCACAGCGCAGGGCGGUUGGCGAGGAGAUGGAUCCCGACCUUUUCCUUCGAAAGGUGUCUACAUUGCAGGCCGGCUUCCGAGGCUUCUUGGUCCGACGUCAAUUCCAGAGCCUUCGAGCCGAGUAUGAGGCAAUUGUACAAGAGAUUGAGGGUGACCUCAGCACUCUUCAGUGGACUGGGGGCUGGAUCCCCAAGCCCGUAUUUCUCCCAGAGCCUGGCACCCCCAGAGGUCCAAAGAGGACAUUAGACCCUCUGGAACUGGAGUUAACAACUGUGAACCACCGUAUGGGUGCUGGGAACUGAACCUGGGUCCUCUGAAAGAACGAGUUCCUUUAACUGCUGAGCCAUCUCUCCGGCAAGCUCCAAAAGUCUGUAGACACAGAGCCUUACUAGGUAGUCCGGGCUGGCCUUGAACUCAACGGAUUUCCUGCCUCAACCUCCCCAGAUGCUUGCAUUAAAGAUGUAUACUACCCCUUAGACUGGACUUGUUUUUUUCUGCCAAAAGCCUCAGUAGUCAUUGGAAGAGAAAGCAGGUUCACUUCCUCACCCGAAUCCCUAAUCCUGCCCACUUGCCCACUAGACUAUGGUUUCUAGACAUGGGGGAGGGGGGGGGAGAGCGUUAGCCCUGCAAUUCUCACCCCUUUCCAAAUUCUCAUAAGGCAAAAUCUCAUCAGUCCUGGAAAGCAGAGAAAAUAUCAAACCCAGAGCAGAAACUAUGGAGCCAUUCCCCACAUAAAGACUCUGAAAAAGAGCUCAUUUGGGAGGAGAUGGUGCAGAAGAAGACAGAAAAGAGCCCAGCAAAUCCAGGAAGUCUUUGCAGAGAUGACAGCGCCUGGCCGCAGGCUGAGCAGGGCAGGAAAGCCAGCCAGGGAAACAGCCAAGAUACCUCUGUCUCCAAGAUGGAAAAUGCAGACCUAGGAUUGUCCCAGAGCCAACAGGAGCUCCAGGAGCAGCGCAACCACUUAGCCAUGGAGCUGCUGUGGCUACAGCAGGCCAUCAACAGUCGAAAGGAGUACCUAAUUCUCAAGCAAACACUGAGAUCCCCAGAAGCAAGCCAGACCAGAGACAAGCACAGGGGACAGGCCUAUGAGAAGACCUCGUUGCACUCAAGCUGCGUUCUGGACAACCAAUCCUAUAGAGACAGGAUCAUAGGAGAGUCCCAUCAUGCAGAGGACUCCAGCCACAAGGGCAGAUUGAAGCCCCAGAAACACCCAGACAGUGUGACCAGUGCAGGUAAAACCACUGCUGGGUCUAAAGGCAGGGAGCUCUGCUAUAGGAACUCUGCAUCACAGCUGCCUGCAGCAUUAGAGAGCCAGGCUGGAGGGGACAGGGUCACCAAAGGGCCAGACCACGGAGGACAGCCCUUUAAGGAAACCUCCCUACAGCAGUUGAAAGUCCUAGAGGAUCAGAUCCCUGGGGACCUCAAGUUUAGGAGUCCUUGUUCUAGAAAGGCUGAAACACAGCUGCCCACUCUCUCUGAAAAUCAAAAUAUUGAGGACAGAUAUUCCAGAAAGCCAAGCCGAAGCGCUGGGCCCUGUGAUUUGAAUAUCUUAGAAGGCCACAUGAUUUGGGAUGAGACCUUGGCAGGGCAGGAACAAGGUAGCCUGGAUCUCAUUAGGACUAAACCACCCAAGAGCCAACCCCCGAGUGCUGGCUCUUCGGGCCAUGGAAAUACCAGUGAGCUUAGUCCAGAAGGAUGGAAAAACCGUGGAAUUCUGCAGUGGCGAUGAAGACCACUGGAGAACUUGUCUUCCUCAAGACAGGACUAGGGGAAGGGCAGAUACCGGAAAGCAGGAGCAUCAGGAAAGAUCUGGGGAUCCAGGAGAGGAAGGGUUCCCAAAAGCAGAUGCUGUGAAAAAUGACAAGGGAAGCAGGCCCUUGUCCUGCCUCCCUGGUACCACCUGUCUCCUGCCCUUGCCCCUGGCCAUCAGUAGAUCUCAGGCUAAGAGAAGCUAGAGGGCUGAGCUGGUACGAUAGGAGAAAGAAGGACAUGCCUUUUUACCUUCUGCCUGGGACUUAAACCAAAUUUCACCUCCUCUUGGGGUAAGUAGGGUGGGAGGAUCCUGGAGAAUAAAAGUUUUCCUUGGAUUCUUGGCUGCCAUGCAGGAGGAGCUGUGUGGGCAAGCCCUGGAGACGGCUGGCUCACCGUCUUGCUUGCUCGGCUGCCAUGGGUGUCCUCGGGUGAGGCAUGGCCCCAGAGACUUCGUCCCAGAAUUGCUUCUGGCUGCUGAUGUGCCACAUCGUGUCUGUCAUUGCCACACUCCUCACACACGUGACUUGGUGUGAGUGGACACUGGGAGACCCUCACUGCCUAUAGCUGCUCUGAUCACUUCCCAGUGACAGCCACCCCACUGGGCAAAUGUCGUGCAGAUCAACAUGAAGAUGAACUUUCACAAAUUAAUGCUGUUUACAUGAAUUAAUGACUAUAGAAAUGAUUCGAAUAAUUUUAGGAAGAAAGUUUAAGGAGGUGGUUUUAGUUGUUUUGCCAGGAAGACGUAAUAAAGUUAGAGUCAAGAAUAGCGAAUAGCGUGUACCCCCUCCUCAUAGAAUAUUAAAUAAAGGUUGCAUAAUAAAACAUUUCACGCCUUUAAUCCCAGCACUCGGGAGGCAGAGGCAGGCGGAUUUCUGAGUUCGAGGCCAGCCUGGUCUACAGAGUGAGUUCCAGGAUAGUCAGGGCUACACAGAGAAACCCUGUCUUGUUUCUCUGUGUAGCCCUGGCUAUCCUGGGGGUGGUGGGAAAAAGAGAAAUGGGCUUUGGACAGAUUUGUGAUCAAGGAAAACCAUUCAUCCUAGGCCAGGUCCAAGGAUGAAGCCACAGGUGAGCACUAGGAUAAAGCAAGGCCAUGGGAAACUGUUGCUUUGAACUUAUAAUGAGCUUGUAGAACGAAGCACUGCUUUGAACUGACUAUCAACAUCCUUCUGUAACUCCAUUUGUGUAAACUUUUUACCUGUGGGUAAUUUUAUAAAGAACUUUUGUCUAAGAAGGUAUAAAAAAGCUGAGAAAAAAGUGUGGCUGCUGGGGCUCUGCUCCACCCAACAAAUAUAAAUAUAUAUAUUAUGUAUAAACA